CCCAAACGCUGCACCUCAAUGCAAGGAGCCCUUGUGUGCUCUGAUACCUGGCCCUGGCAGCAUCAGUGCUGGAUCUGAGGGGCACUGGCAGCACCCCCUGGGCUGGGGGGCUCCCUCCGCAGAUGUGGGGCACGUCCCACUGUCCAUUCCUGUGAUGAGCACCACACAUGCUUACGUGUGUGUCCGUGUGCCGUGGGUGGCAGGGGAAGGACCGUGCUGUUCCAAGCUGGCUGCGUCAAGGACCAUCCAGAGCUGCCAAGGGCGCCCACACCACAGCAGCAGCUGCAGGUGCUGGCUCUCUGCCGUACCUGCCCCAGUACCUGCCCUGCUCCCCCUCGUGCCCCAGAGCAGAUGCAGGAGCCCUCAGCACAGAGCCUCAGCACUGUGUGAGCAUCGCCCCUGCCAUGGCCCGGCUGGGGAGUGCCGGGCAGGACACCCUGGAUGCAGGUGGGGGCCACCCAGGCCCUGCAGUGGGAAACACCAGCAUGGAGCCCCCCAGCAUCACGCCCCCCGAGUGGGGUUGCGCCUGGAGCCCCCCCGAGGAGAGCGGCGAGGAGCCCCUGCGGCUGCCCACCUUCUCCCCCGCCGCCCAGGUGCGCGUGGCCGUCACCUUCGCCCUCUUUGCCCUCUCGGCCGGCUGCAACCUGGCGGUGCUGGGGGCAGUGGGGGGCCGGGGCAGCGGCCGGCGCCCCCAUAUCCGCCUGCUGCUGCGGCACCUGGCCGCCGCCGACCUGCUGGUCACCGUGGUGGUGAUGCCGCUGGACGCCGUCUGGAACAUCACGCUGCAGUGGCGGGCGGGCGACCUCCUGUGCCGCCUGCUCAUGUACCUGCGGCUGCUGGCCAUGUACGCCUCCGCCUUCGUCACCGUGGUCAUCAGCCUGGACCGGCAGGCCGCCAUCCUGCGCCCGCUGGCCAUCGCCCGCGCCCGCGCCCGCAACCGCGCCAUGCUGCACGCCGCCUGGAUCCUCAGCGCGGGGCUGGCCGUGCCACAGCUGUUCCUGUUCCACACCAUCACCCUGCGGCCCCCGCACAACUUCACCCAGUGCACCACACGGGGCAGCUUCCCCCGGCCCUGGCACGAGACCCUCUACAACAUGGUGGGCUUUGCCUGCCUCUUCCUGCUCCCGCUGCUCAUCAUGGUGUGCUGCUACGCCCGCAUCCUGCUGGAGAUCUCCCGCCGCAUGGGCUCCGGCCUCUUCUCCUCGCAGGACGCGUCGCUGCGGUGCUCCAGGAACAACAUCCCCCGGGCGCGGCUGCGGAUGCUGCGCAUGAGCCUGGUCAUCGUCUCCUCCUUCAUCCUCUGCUGGACCCCCUACUACCUGCUGGGGCUCUGGCACUGGUUCUGUCCCCGCGCCCUGGAGAGGAGGAUCUCGCCGGCCCUCACACACAUUCUCUUCAUCUUUGGCCUCUUCAACGCAUGCCUUGACCCCAUCACCUACGGGCUCUUCACCAUCCCCCUCCGGGGGGGCUGGGGCUGCCCGUGCCGGCACGGCCCCCUGGCCCAGCCCCCCUCCCCAGCCACCAGCUCCUUCCGCUGCUCAGCGUCCUCCCUGCCGCCCCAGCGGGGCGUCCAGGGGGUGCGGCUAUCCCCAGGGGCUGCCAGGGACGCCUCCUGUCACAGCAGCUCCCUGUGACACCAGCGGGACCGCAGGGGUGCUCAGGGCAGGGGGGCUGGCAGCAGGGUGACCCACUCAGCACAGGUCCAGCGGGGAUGGAGUCACUGCUGAUCUCUCCCCACACCCUGAAGUGCCUCUGUGGGCUUGGGGCUGGUGGGAGUGCCUGCAUCCCCCUUCCCUUCUCUGUGCCCUGAACAGCAAUAAAGUGUC